CCAAGAGCCAGUUGCCAAGCGUGGUCCUGUGAAGUGCAUGACUCCCAUCUUGAAUCCUACAUGUUCAGCUGCCUGAGUGCCCAAGCCCAAGCGCGGCCAUGUGGCCAUGUGCUGAGCUCCGCAUCUGUUUUGAGCCGGACACAUGGCCACGGAGCGGCGCCUUGCGGACGGACAGCCUGUGGUGUGCCUGACCUAUCUCUUCGCACUGCCCUCGAGUGUGGCGCCGUUUGCCUGGAAGCCUUUAUCAAAGAUCAAGGCACUCAGAGCUCUUAGAGGUGUGAAGCACCUGCGCAUCCACCUCCCCAGCGGGCAACUGAUGCAGCAGAAGAGAGGCAAGGGUCGAGGAGCACCUGGAAAAGGUUGGGGAAAAGGGCGGCGCUUAUGCCUGGAGCGACCGCUAAACACAGAGUGCCACCUGCAUCCCUGGUGGUAGAAACCUGCAGAUCAUCGAGUUUAUGUAGAGGUUUGCACAUGGACUCCUACGUGGAUGUUCGAGGUACUCUGGCAAAUUCACAACAUCAUCCGGGGCUUCGGACAGUUGGAGGAAGCAAGGUCCACGAGAUUGCAGCUACCUUGCGUCUGAAACCAAUAAGGGCAGCUCUGGAACUCAGCGAUCUCUUCUUUUGCCACACAUGGGGACCUCAGAAGAGCAGUGCGCUUGCCGAUUUUGAGAAAGAACAUCGAGUCGUAAUUGCGCAUUGCACUGACCGUACUCAUGAAGAAUUUGCUUUGCAAUGCUCCCGCUUGGGCAUCGUUGGCCAACAAGACCUCGUAUUUGUGCUGCGCAGCUUGCCUGACAUCCCGCAUCUAGCCAGCACGCCUGAGCUGAAGGCAGGAGCUUUUGGCAGUUUGCCAACCCAGUUGCACGUAUCUUUACACCCCAUUUAUCGUGAACGAGAGAAUGAAGAGUUCCUAUACACGCUGCUUUCAAGCACAGAGGGGCAGGCGCUUCUCGGGGAUUGGAAUGUUGGCGUUUGGCGGUACCAGGAAGAGGGAAAUGUCCUUCAAGAGGAGGAUGUGGCCUUCUUGGAGCCAGAGCACAUUAUCCACUGGCACCGGCGGGUUGCUCCGUUUUCUAGAAACCGCAUGCUCGUGCACAGUAUUCGACACCAGGUCUUGCUGGUACUGGUACAUCCUGGUGACCUACAAAGACAAAGACGAGGAUCGAAAAUGACUGACUUCCUGUUGGCGGGCAUGUCUGAGGAUGUGCAACGCUUCCACCGGGCUUGGACCCUGCUUGCCACCGCUAUAGCUGCGCGCAAGGAGCUUGAGGAUGCGCGGCAGCAGUUGCGUGCGCAACAGGAGGAAGCCAUCCAACUCCAGGAGGAACUGGAGGAGGCACGGAGGGCCAACGAGGAAGCAAGCUUAGUGCUCCGCUGCGUGUCCGCCUUCGCCCCACACUUCCCGCCGCUUUCUCACUUUCAGACUGGGAUAGCCGGGCUGGCGUGCUCAGAUGAAGCGCAGCUGAUCCCGGUGCACUUGCUCAGAUUCACACACCACACAGUGAAUGCGGAGUUUGCUUUUGGUGAGGCGCACGAGAACAAUCAGGAGUCAAUCUUCAAGCUUUUCUGGAGCUUAUUCACAGGGCGUUUGCACCCUCAAGACUUGGAGCCGUUGUACGUUUUCAAGCACACGGGCCCAGAUGGUGAAGUGGGGCUCUACUCCCGGAACAAUCGCCGCUUGGCAGCGCUGCUCAUGUUGCAAGCGCUGCGGCGGGAUCAUCUGGUGGCAGUCCCCUGCCGAGUCAUCGCGGACGAUGACCGGCGCCCGUCUCCCGUUGACGGGCGCAACUAUGAGCAGUGGUUCCAGAGCGGCUAUGAUGGCCCCAGCCGGCGCCCGGGGUGCACUGGCUUGGGGUUCUCGCUGUGGCCAAGAAGGGCAGGAGCCACACCCAGCCACAGGCAGUAUCCCAUUUUCAACCACGCGCAAAGCACCUUGUAUGAUCUCAGCCGCUUGGCCGGUCGGCUGCCGGCGGAUGUGAGCAUGGCCCUCCGUUCUAUCCGCGCCAGGCCAGCAGGUGACCAAGAUGAGGAAACACUGACAGUUGCAUCAAACCUGUCACGGCCAUGAGACUCCCUCUGCAGACGAUGGAAGUGACUCGAUUAUUGUGUGAAUAUAUGCCACAAUGUAUUGUUUUGAGCAAAAGGUGCUUGCACGCCACUGACUGCCGCGCUUGUUGUGGCGGGUCGUCUCAUGACGGGGGCAACCUUGC